UGAAUGAACUAGUGUUCAAUAAAACGUAUAGAUUCGGGUUUUUUUUGGGAAAUUUUAAGAGGACAGUAUUUAAAUCGCGGUUUCGCAAUUUGAUAUUGAUGGAUUUAUGUAUUACUUCACUCAUAAAGAACAUGAAACUGGACAUUUGGACUGUAUACAUAUUUGUAGGUAAAAGUUACCUAACUUUAUAUUAUACUUUAUAGUCGAAUUUAAAUCGGUUGGACAAUGGCUAAGCUUCUUGGAAUUCAAAGACGACUCCCAUAUUUUGGUCUUCGACCCAAUGAUCAUCACAGCAGCACAAAACUUGUUCCCUGCAGAUUUGUUAUGCAUAUUAGGUAUUUCACAUCAACCUCCAAACUAUACCAAGCCCGGUAUAAUCCACUUGACAUUCAAAUGCUCUCAAAGUCCCUUCACAAUCAAAUUUUUGGGCAUGUUACAAGUGAAGUUGAGAAUGUUGAAAUUAAUAAAAGUAUUGACCACUUAUCGAGGCAUAAUCUUCAUGGUAGACACAAAAGCCUGAUACCUGAUGUAGACUUCAAGUUGCCACAACUUCGGGGCCAAAAUAUCGAAGAACAUUUUGAGAUUAUUGCCAAAGAACAGACUAGAAAUUAUGUAGAAAUGGCCAAACGACUUUCCCAAGUUAGUUUACCAUCAAGACCAAAAGAAUGGUGUUUUGAGCCUGGGUGGACAAAAUAUUUUCAUGAUGGUGAUUUUAUAGUUGGUAUGCCUGUGGAGUGCCCUGAUGGUGAUGCAAUGGUUUUUGAUGUUGAGGUUUGUGUCAAUGAAGGACAGUUUCCAACCCUGGCAGUUAUGGCAACACCAGAUAACUGGUACUCCUGGGUGAGUCAUCGGCUUGUUGAAGAGAGGAGCUAUCAGUGGUUUCUCCACCCCAAGAUGCCAGACUUGAUUCCAUUUGAAUUAGAACAACAUCAAGGCAACAUUUGGCAGGAGAAGCUUGUAAUAGGCCAUUCUGUGGGCUAUGAUCGCAGUUUCAUUAAGGAACAAUAUUUGAUCAAGGGACCGAAGAUGUAUUUCAUUGACACACUAAGUUUGCACAUGUGUAUAUCAGGCCUUACGGGUUUGCAACGUAACAUGACUAAGGCAGCCACUGUGGGCAAGUCUGAGAAGGAGGAUUGGAUGGACAUUAGCUGCUUGAAUAAUUUACAAGAUGUUUAUCAGUUGUAUUGUGGCGGUAAAGAG